CAAGAGGCGGGGCUCAGUGCGCACCGCAACAAGGCUACUGUGUUACGCGUUCCACUCCAGUGAUCCCCCAUAAUCAGUGGUUCCGCUCCAACGAUUUCAUGCUCGACAAAAGGGUGAUCAGAAGUUGUUUAGCCUAGGCCUCCUGUUCAGUUCAUUUACACGGUGAUGUUUGCUUAUUUGCAUAAAUGCCGUGGAUGCAUUCUAUUGGUUGGUGAAGGAGAUUUCUCAUUUUCCUUAUCUUUGAGCAAACAACAGCCACAGUUGCUAUUGACGACCACCUGCAUAGAAGAUGACACUCCCGUAAAGUACAAGUAUGCGAAGCAGAAUAUUAAUAAGCUGAAGGAAGGAGGCAGCAAUGUGAUAUUUGAAGUGGAUGCAACAAGUAUUGAAUCAUGUGAGCUGCUAAAGGGUAAGCAGUUUGAUGUGAUUAUCUUCAACUUUCCUCACACUGGACGUAAGGCUAGGAUCCAAGACAACAGAAAGCUUUUGAUGGAUUUUUUUAUAAGUGCUUCCAAAUUUUUAGUUCCUGAUGGUAAGGUGCUGAUGACACUGUGCAAUGGUCAAGGUGGCACUCCAGCUGACAAACCACAAAGGGAGUGGUUCAAUUCUUGGCAAGUUGUUGCCAUGGCAAGUUAUGCUGACCUAAUACUGACACACACUGAAGAAUUUGUUGCUGAAGACUUCCCAGAAUACUCUUGUACUGGAUAUAGGGGUCAAGGCAAAGGUUUUAAUACGGAAGGUGCAAUAACACAUAUUUUUGAAAAAUGUCCCGUCAGACAGGAACCUGCAGCUUCACCUGUUCUACUGCAUCGUGGUGAUCGCAUAUUUAUUUGUCCUGAUGAACUGAGUGUAUUUGCAAGAAGAAAUCUUCUACAAGAUACUGACAGUCCAAUUUGUGAAGUUUAUCACCGAAUAUCUGAAAGAUGCACUUCCAUGUUCAACGGUUUAUUGAUAGAAGAGUCGAAGGAACAUGAUUUGAUCAAAGAAAUAAAGAAAGAAUGCAUUCAGCCAUUUAUGUACACUUUAAAGGAACACAACACCAAGGAUGCAAGUAAAACAGAUGAAGAUGCACGUGCAAUUGCUCUGGACAAAGAUGCAUUACAAAGAGACCAUACAACUGAAGUGAAAAAUAAAGAUCCACUUGUUAACAUCUCAUGUAAUGGAGGAAGCUCCAAAAAAUUUGAGAAUUCAAAGAGCUGUUUGGAUCUAAACCAUCAAGGAACACAGUUCAUCUUGUCUCCAUCUCUUUUACAUUUCAGACCCUACCAGUCUGAUCACAAAGGGGAAACCGCAAAAGCUCUUGUAGGACCAGUUUUCAGAAGAUGUCCAAUAGGUCCUGAACAGUUUCCAAUCACUCACGAACUUGUGCUUUUCCUGCCAGAAAAUUCUUGCAAGCAUGAUUCAAAGGAGAUUGUUUCUUCAAUAAUUUCUGUUGUCAAUCCAAAAAUCGAAAUUAAGUUUGAGCUUCUCAGCAUUGAUUCUAAAGAGCCGACACAGUUUCAGGAAUGUGGAGAACAUGAAAUUGCACCAGAAACAUUACAAAGAUUAUCAGACCUUCAACUGGAAAAUCAGAAGGACCAACCAUCUGUAUCUGGUUCAGCAGAUCUCAGAAAAUGCCUGCAUCCAUCAAAAUAUCACUUAAUGCAGCAGAAUAUAUGGGUAGCUGCUAUAAGAGAGAGAUGUAUAGAAUUAAACUUUUCUAGCACAUACAGAGAAGUGUAUAAUUUGGUUACUGUAUCAUUGGACACAACAUUUUAUGAAGUUGGUCUUGCAGGAAUAAUUACAUCAACUACUACGCUAAGGAGUAAUAUAGUAAUUAUUCUAAAUUUGGAUUUGCUCACAAUGUUGUGUUAUAAUAUAGAUGAUGUUAGACUUCUGUGGUUUCAAAAUACACUUCUUAAAAGAACUACAAUGCAUGAGAUAUCUUUUAUUAGCUACAGUAAAUUCCCACCAUGUUAUGUUAGAGAUCUAAGUUUCUGGGUUGCAUCAGCAGUUGUUUUCCCCGAAACACAAUUUUUCUCUAUUGCGCGAGACUGUUGUGUCGAUUACAUAAAAUCUGUUAAUCUUAUUGAUGUUUACAAAAAUGAGGAUACCCAAUGCUACAGUCUCUGUUAUAGGUUUGUCUAUCAGUCAUGCACCAGUGCAUUGUGUAGGUCAAAGGUCAAUAGGAUUCAUGAAUAUGUUGUUUCUAAACUUGUGUUAUGCCUUGGUUUAGAGCUACGGUGAUGAACCUGUGGCAGCAAAUAAUUAUGGUUAUUCACUGCCGGCCUCCUUAUAAAAUAUGAAGAGAAAAGGAAGGGGGAUAGUAAUACUGUAAAACAAUAAAGAAAGGAUAGCACAUGACAAAUGAAAAAUACAGUGGUGGAUCCAGGUAUUAGAAAUAGAGGGGGCCCAGGAAUCAGGGAGGGACUUUCACAAUUGAUGGUGUAGACUACCCCAACCCCACCAUGGUUGGGGCUGCAAGAAUGGCUGGAAAUGGCAUUCUCGGACAUAAAUUUUUGUUUUAUUUUGAAACAUAUUUAGGGGCCCCAGGCCGGCUGCCCCACCCCCUUAUACAAUACAAUAAUCAUUGUAAUACAGUAAAAUACUGUAUGUUAUAUUUUUAGUUAGAUAUACAAAUACAACAUAGUUUGAUGUGAAGUAUUGGGAGUAUUCUUGUGUUAUGAAGUAUUUCACGUUUAUUCCAGUGUUUUAUGGUUUAAGUUAACAAAUUUAAUAUAUUUGUACUGAUAUAUAAUGUGCAAUAUUUACUUUGAUAUAAAGUCCUCAGCUUUAAUGUAAAGUUAAAUGCAAUUAAAUGCUUGAAAUUAAUAAAAAAAAUUACAGUAGUUGGUCAUCCCAGUAGAGAUUGUGAGUCAUCUUUUCAAUCAAUAUUUCAGCUUAGCUCAGUCGGCUGAACUUGUUAGAUGGGUCGCCAUUGUCAGCAUCAUUUGUUACAAUGGCAUCAAGAUGAUUCCUCAUCACCAGGUCUUGGCUCAUAUGGAAUGGGUUUGUUCUGGCCAGCUGAAUUUUGAAUUUUAGGGUCAAAUUUGACUACAUGUAGUUAGGUCGGGUGGCACUGCACUUCUCCUGCUGCGGGUCCCCAGCCCAGAUUUCUGAUUUCCAAUUUGAAUGAGGGCCAAUAAAGAAUUAUUAUUAUUAUUAUUACUAUUAUUAUUAAAAUGGUAUUAUUGUAUAAAGCAAAACAUCACUGAAAGCUGAUCCAUUUAAUUUACUUUUGUUGAUCUCAAUCUCUCCAGCAUUUCUAGACGAGUCCUUCAAACUCGCCUGUUCCAAUGCAUUCAUGAUCUGUAGCUGAGACAGACAGUACUGCUUAUAACCUGUGCCCCAAUCAAUCCCCAGUCAA